AUGCCUACAACAUCGGCGAAAUUUACUAUGAGGUCAGAACUUUGCUUGUCAUUCGACUCUCAACUAAAAUACUGCAGGCGAACGGGAAGGCGAAGACCACGGCUGCUCAUUGUGGCGUUGUACGAGCUGUGGGAAGGAGGCUCAAAGGGUCUCCUUGGCAGAAGAGUCAUCGACAGGGAUGAAACGGAUGACAUUGAAAGUGUUCGGAUAGAAGUUCUUCAGAACGCUGGGCACUGGUUCAAAAGAUUCGAUCUCGACACGUUGGUCGACGCGAAAGAAGUGCUGGCUAACGGACGCCCUGCUUCCUAUUUCGACUAUUUCGAUGGGCCACCAGAACUCGAUUUCACCUACCAUGACGGCCAAACCAAUAGAAAAUGCAAUCCAUCAGUCGAAUGCUGUCUCGUGAAGCAUUACGUGAACUUCACCGAAAUCGGAUGGGACAAAUUUAUUCAAUACCCGGUUGGUUUCUAUGCUAAUUAUUGCAUAGGGCCUCCCCACCUGAAGUGCCCACAUGAAAAUCCAGAAGUUGAAUACAUACUC